GGCGUUGGACCGACGAGGUUUGGGAGGAGCAGAGGAUCGCCGGCCUGACCCGCGAGAGCAGCCAGAGCGAGCGUGUUGGUGUGAGCGGGCGCGUCUGCGUGUUUGUGUGUGCGAGUGUGUUUGGGCGCUUGUGUGACCCCGGCUGUCCACGGACCUGGGACCGAAAGGAUUCUCAAAGGACGCACCGCGACGCAUGGCACAACAUAGGGGCGCCCCCGGGGCGUCCAGCCUGGCGACGUGGCUGUGGUGCACGGCGGCGCUGGUCCUCAUCCUCACCGUGCGCCAGUCGCUAGCAGCCCCCCUCUCGGAUGAAGAAAGUCACCAGACGACUGAACUCGCAGAAUAUGAAGGUUCGGACUCGGGAUGCUACUACAACUUCCAGCACUACGCCGAAGGGGACCGCAUCGCGACCAACGAGCCCUGCCUCAACUGCACGUGCCACCGGAGGAUGCUGAUGUGCUACCUGAGGGUGUGCCCGUUCACCCGCGCCAUCGGCCAGGACUGCUCGGUGGAGAAGCGGCCCGACCAGUGCUGCCCCGUCAUCACCUGCCCCGAAGAAAGACAAAAGCUGGACGAUGAAGAAUAA